AUGGUCAGCCAGGCCCAAUCUUGUGAUCUGAAGGAGUUGGUCCAGAAGUUAAAACCUGAAUCAAUUGGCAGAGAGAUUGAGAAGGCAACAUCUAGCAUUUACCCGUUGCAGAAUGUUUUCAUCCACAAAGUUAAAAUUUUGAAGGCUCCCAAGCUCGACCUAGGAAAAUUGAUGGAGGUUCAUGGAGAUUACUCUCAAGAUGUUGGUGUGAAAAUGGAAAUGGAAAUGGAAUGGCGUGCAGACGAGCCGAUAGCUGAAGAAACAGAAGUUAUUGGUGCCUGAAGAGAGUUGUUUUUUCCCCCACCUUUUCCUAUAAUAUCUUGAAGUUGAAA